GUUUCGGGACACAUGAAGGUGCCGCCGCCACCAACGUCGUUUUGGCGGCGCUUGCCGCGGCCGUUCUUCUGCGUCGCGCCGAUGGCCAACGUGACGGACGUAUCCUUCCGCGCAACGAUUACAGAGUUCGCCAAGCCACAUGUGAGUUCGCGGAGUCGAUGCCAUCCAUUUGAAUUCCUGGUGGUGGCUUCCCACCGUGCAGGUCAUGUGGACAGAGUUUGUCAGUUGCGAAGCGCUUUGCUCGUCGUCUCCCGCAUCACGUGACCGCAUGAUGACUGCUCUUGCGUACGCUCCAGAAGAGCGCCCGAUCGUUGCCCAACUCUUCGGCUCCAAGCCACACCAAUUCCGCGAGUCGGCACUGUUGCUCCGCGACCUUGGCUUUGAUGGAAUCGACAUCAACAUGGGAUGUCCUGAGAAGAACGUCAACAAGCAAGGCAGUGGCGCGGCUCUCAUCCUGGACCCACUCAACGCCAAGGCUAUUAUCCGUGCGUGUCAAGAGAGUGGUCUGCCCGUGUCCGUGAAGACUCGCAUCGGUUUCCACGAGAUCGAGUACCAUGACUGGAUCCAUCACAUCCUCGACACGGAGCCGGAAGCGCUGACGAUCCACGGGAGAACAAGGGACGAAAUGUCUGCCGUCCCAGCGCAUUGGGAUGCCAUCGGUGACAUUUUGCACUUGGUCAAGGCCAAGCGUCAGUCGAGUUGCGUCGUGAUUGGAAACGGCGAUAUCGAGUCGAUUCCGCACGCGCAGGAAAUGGUCGACACGUACGGUGUCGACGGGGUUAUGAUCGGACGUGCGCUGUUUGGAAACCCGUGGAUGUUCCAAGGCCAUUCCAACACUGCAAUGAGUGUCGAAGCGAAGUGCCAUGGGCUCUUGCGCCAUGUGCACCAUUUUGAUCGGCUGCUCGGGUCCAAGGCAAACUUUCACCAUGUGAAGAAGAUGUUUGGGUCCUACUUGGCUGGCAUCCCACACGCCAAAGUCCUCAAAGAAGCGCUGGCCGCGACUACGUCGCCAGAUCAGGUGUACCCCCUGGUCGAAGAGUUUGUGGCGAAUAGCAAAGAGGCCAAGAACUACCGACGUACAAGAUUCGAAUAGUCAAACUAGUGGCAUUGCAUUCGCGUCGACCAGGCAUGGAGUGUGGAGCUGCAGUAGCCGAAUUCGGUGGCAGGAAAUACCUUCGUCAGGGCGAGUACGUGCUGCUUGCGCACCAGCAUCUGGACUACAUUACCCACAAUUUCACGCGAUGGAAUGCCCUG